UUUUGCAUGCUGCUAGCAUUUCUUAUCCAGCGCAGAUAACAAACAAAUAUUUAUAGUCCGUUAUGAUGUUUGUAUACAGUGGCACAAUCGAUUACACUCAAGACGCCGCUAGUUCAACGGCUAUCUUUCACUUAGUUUCUGUGAUAAUUGUGAAAUUCAAAAGCUUACUCUUGUUUUGAUAAUUAAAAUUUUAGUCAUGACUGACUCCAACUCAGAUAGGACCGACGUUCACUUCCCGAAAAUAUUUAAAGCUUACGAAUUUCAAUUUCUCGGAUUGUCGCCAGAAAUUGAAAAAAAGUACUGUAAGAUAGUUACGGAUCUUGGAGGAAAAGUUUCCAAUCAAAGUGGUUAUGCACUUACUACCAGAGAUCACGUUUUAAAACUUAUCAAAUCUACAAAAAAUAAUAACAAUUUACUCAAUGUUACACGAAUGUAUAAAAUCUUAUAUCUUCUUCAUUCGAUAGAAGCUAGAAGGCCUUUACCAAUAGACUUAUACAGAUUUGAAAGUGUAAAAAAACAAGCUGAAGAAAAAACAAAUAGACAAAGUUUUCAACAACUCCUGCAGGAAGAACAGCAAGAAAAAUUUACUCAAAAACCACACAAGAGAUUGAAAAUUGAUAGUAGUAGUUCUAGUGAAGAAGAAGAACUCCUUCAGGAAGAACAGCAAGAAAAAUUUACUAAAAAAUCACACAAGAGAUUAAGAAUUGAAAGUAGUAGUUCCAGUGAAGAAGAUAUCAUACCUUCUUUAAAUAAUUCACCUAUUGAAUCUAAAAUAGAACUUACUUGCAAUGGAACCGCAAAUGAUCAUAGCAUAAAUGUUGAGAGCAUAAGCGAGAGUUUGGAAUCAGAGGCAAGACUUAGGCACAAUACUAUCGCAAAAACAAUAAGCGAGAGUAGUGAUGAUUGCAUUGAAAAUAAUAGUAGUGAUGAUGAUGACAGUUUAAUUGAGAAUAGAUCCAAAUGGUGGAUUAGUCAAGAUAUCCCAGAAAAAGCUAGAUGUAAACAAGUUCUAUGUACUUUUUCACCAGAAAUACAUAGAUCACAUGGGCGACCACAGUACACAAUGACCAUGUUCGAGCAAAGAAUUAUGAUUGCAUUUAUAAUUAAAUUCAAUGUAAUAGAUAAAAUCAAAGGAGCAAAAAUUUAUAAAGAUAUGGGAAAAUUUGGGUAUUUAACCCAUCGUACAUAUGAGACUUUGAGGAAUAAUAUGAGGAGAUCAAUAAUGCCUAAAAUUAAUACAUUUGGGUUACCAGAAAAUAUUUUGAAGCAAUUCGAAGAUUUCAGAUAAUUAAUGGUGCAUAAAAAAUACUAAAUGAACUUUUUUCAGUAUUUGGUGGAUCUAUUUUUUUUUACUUUUAAUAUUUUAACUGGCUUGAAAAUCUAACGCGUUUAAAUCUUUAAGGAUUCAAACUAUCAUUUUGAAUUAAAUAGCGAUAAAAAAAAAUUGUCUUCUUGUAAUUUCUAAACCAUCAGAUUUACAAAAAAAAAAUAAGAGAAUAUAAAUCAUUGUAGUGGAUUAUGGUACUUGUGAUAGUGGAUUUUUUGGCUAUUGGCAAUGGAGAAACUAAAUCUUUUAAAAUAUUAACAUGUAAAG